GAGGACCAUAAUACGCUUUGAGGGAUUCACUUUCUUCUUUUCCAGAGCUAUUAACCUUUUUCAUUCGGCUGUACCCACCUUCCUCCCACUCUUCCUUUACAUAUACUGCAGGCCCAUGACGAGCAGAGACACCAUCCCUAUCGGUACUCGAAAGUCCGCCCUGGCGAUCGCCCAGGCCGUCCAGGUCCAGUCUGCGCUCGAAAAGUUAAACCCCACAAAGACCUUCCCUCUGCUCAGGAUGAGCACCACCGGCGACAACAUCCAGGGGCAGCCUCUCUCUUCUAUCGGUACCACGGCGGUUUUCACUCGCGAACUGGAAGCCUCGCUCGAGAAGAAGGAGUGCCAUAUGCUUGUGCAUUCGCUCAAGGAUGUGCCCACUCAGAUCAAGCCUGGAUUCGUGAUUGGAGCAAUGAUGAAGCGAGAGGAGCCGAACGAUGUCAUCGUUAUGCGACCUGGCGAAUUCAAAGAACUCAAGAAUUUUGGAGAAGGCGAUGUCAUUGGAACCAGCAGUGUGCGUCGAGCCAGCCAGAUUAGACGUCUGUGCCCUGGAGUCCAGGUCAAGGACGUUCGCGGAAAUGUUAACACGCGGUUGGCUAAGUUAGAUGCACCUGAUUCGCCCUAUACCUGUCUGUUGCUGGCUGCUGCCGGUCUUCAGCGCCUCAACUUUGACCAUCGAAUCACCACCAAGCUUCCUCCUAGCGUGAUGCUCCACGCUGUUGGCCAGGGAUCUAUUGCAAUCGAAUGCCGGUCAGACGAUACAGAGAUGCUAGAGUUGAUCAAGCCAUUGGAUCAUUUGCCAACACGUCUGCGCUGCGAGGCUGAACGCUGUGUCAUGAGAAUCUUGGAAGGUGGUUGUUCCGUGCCCAUUGGUGUCUGGACCGAAUUUGAGGUGCCAUCAUCAGCUGGCUCAGCAGAGUCAGAGGCAACAGGAGAGGCAGCGUCAGAAAACGUGUCGACAUUGCGUCUUAGAGCACUUGUAUCCUCCCUGGAUGGAGCUGAUAUCGCAGAAGCAGAGGCGGUGGCCGAAGUAAACGGAAGCGUGGAACUGGCUGUUGAAUUGGGUCGGAAGGUGGCCUCAUUGCUGUUGGAAAGGGGCGCGGACAAGAUUCUUGAAAAGGUUCUUCGGGAUCGUCACGCGACUUUGCUGCCCGCAGGUACUGGCGAGGAGCAAAAGAUUAAAGGAUGGGAGGUAUAGUGGACGCCGCCAUGGCAAAGUCAGCUUUACAAGGGUACAGGGGAUUAUCCUUUAAUAAAACCAUCAUUCACAGAUAAAAAUGCAGCCCCUGCACCACAUAUUGCAAGGAGCCUGUGGAAGAAUCGCGGAUAGCCUUCAGUUUGAAGUCCCUGAACGAAAGCAAUUCGUACUAACUGCACUUCUGAACAAUUUUUGUCAAAGAGCGGUCUAUAAAGGUCCUGAAUCGUCUUCAGCAUGUAAACCAGUCUAUCUACUCGCAUGCCCCGUGGAAAGCGUUGGCUGGGAGCGCAUAGUGCUUAUGACCUGAUACGUAGCUGGCUGCCAUAAUAGUAUUGCACUACUAUUGGCCAAUUAGUUGAGCUGAACAAAAGGUUGUGGUUCCAGGAAUCAGCCAAGAGUGAAAUCAACUUAUUCUCGAAGCUGUUC